UCCAAAACACAACAGCAGGAGUGAUCUCACCUCCACUCCCUCACUCUCCCUGCAGCCUGCGCACACACACGGAGAGUCCAAGCGUGGAUUUAAACAAUAAGAUUCUUUCUUUUUAAAAAAAAAAAUCUCACCAGGCUCACAACCUGGGAGGAUCUGCAGGGACAUCGGGGGUGGCUACGCAAACCAAAAAAAGAAGUAGAAGAAGAAGAAGAAGAAGUGGGGGAAAGCCGCACGCCGCUAUGGAAGAGCUGACGGCGUUCGUGUCCAAGUCGUUCGAGGCGAAGAGCAAGGAGAGCAGCAAGGAGGCCAUCACCUACCGGGAAGUUCUGGAGAGCGGCUUGGCCAGGGCGAGGGAGCUGGCCAGCCCCGAGCAAGGCGUGCAUGACUUCACGGAGGGCGCUCACUGCCCGCUGCACGUCUUCAAGGAGCACGUGCACGAACUGGACAAGGACAAGCUCAAGGACUUUAGCGUCACGAGACCCACGGAAGGCAUCUACGAGUGUAGCAAGGACAAGAAGGAGGAGGUGAAGUCCGAGGACGAGGACGCUCAGGGCAAACUGAAGCAGCGGAGGAGUCGCACUAACUUCACGCUGGAGCAGCUCAACGAGCUGGAGAGGCUCUUCGAUGAGACCCACUACCCGGACGCCUUCAUGCGGGAGGAGCUCAGCCAGCGCCUCGGACUCUCCGAGGCCCGCGUCCAGGUUUGGUUUCAAAACAGAAGAGCAAAAUGUCGGAAACAAGAAAACCAGAUGCACAAAGACAUCUUUCCCUUCUCUCCAGGGGUCAUUCUGGGCAGCGGCAGUCACCUGGACGCCUGCAGGGUCGCGCCCUAUGUAAACAUGGGGGCCCUCCGGAUGCCCUUCCAACAGGUCCAAGCACAGCUCCAGCUCGAUGGCGUCACCCACUCCCACCCCCACCUGCACCCACAUCUGGCCGCCCACGCCCCCUACCUGAUGUUCCCGCCCCCUCCUUUCGGACUACCAAUCGCCUCUCUGGCUGAUUCAGCCUCAGCAGCGGCGGCAGUGGCAGCUGCCGCCAAGAGCAACAGCAAGAACUCCAGCAUCGCCGACCUGCGACUCAAGGCAGGACUUCUGCGGGGCCAGUGGCUCAGUCCACUCCAGGCACAGAUCACACAGACCCGGGGACCGUACAAACACAUGUGGAUGUCUGUCUGAGGGCCCCCACGGCGGGGCCAUAUGGGGCCAAGGGUGGGCUUGGGGACGGGGGCAUGCCUUGACACCCACACCCCCCUCCAUUGCCUCUCUGGCUUUAACAAACUUUAAGAAGCGGUCAUGUUUGUUUGCAACCACUUUUGUCCGUGCAUGGAGGCCUUCCUGUAAAAGCUCAUUUUACCCUCCCCGGCCCUUCUUUUCUGAUGGACUUGUGACAGAACAAAAGCAACAACUUUCAUGGUCGCACCCACCCCCCUUUUCUCCCUUCUUGGACUUUUUGUUCCUUUCCGUUUGGUAAAGAAGUGAAGACAGCCUUUGCACUUCAGGGUGUUUGCAAGAAGCAAGAUACUACUUUAUUAUUAAAUUAAAAAAAAGAAAAUAAAGGGGUGGGACAUUUGAUAUCAGCAAAAAAAAAAAAUAAAAUUAUAAAGGGUAUAACCAAUUUUUUUCAGUUUUUUUGUACUUUGGAAAAUAACCAUGAAGGCAUCAGUCAAACUGAAAUGCAAUGGUGUGCAGUUUAAGUGCAAUACUGUAAAUAGCGAGAAAAAAAAAGUUAAAACAGCAAGCAGUUAGUUCACGAAGAGACAUUUUGUUUUUUUUUUUAAUGCACUGUUUCUUUGACGCCGUGUAUAUUUUGUUGGAUUCCAGAAAAACAAACAGGGUGCCGUUUUUCCUAUAACCGCCACAGCAGGGGUGUCCAAAGUGCGGCCCAGGAGCCAUGGUCAGACCACAGAUUGUUUUUUUUUUUUGCAAAUAAAAUCAAUUAAUUAUUAAUGAAAUGUAUGAUUAGAUAUUACACUAAUUUGCUUGGUCAGCGAUAACACAAAGCAAAUGUGUUGAUGUUUUGUUCAGAUAAUUUAGCAUACAGUAUAUUGACCGACGUUGGAUUGCUUUUAGUAUCUUUAAUACACACACAUUAUGUAAUUUUUCUUUCUGUGGCCCUUGCUGGACAACAUUUGGACACCCCUGAUCUACAGGAAGACUUGCGAGUUAUAAGGAGAAUUUAAAAAAUGAAAUGUACGACUUGAAAAUGUUUAAAAAUCUGCAUUGACAUCCAAACUAAGCAAACUAUUAGCUUUACUGUGCAUGUUGUGUGUGACAUUCAUUUUUCAUUUAUGACAAUACGAGUCCCGGUUGUAAUAGUCGCAACUAUUACUUGGUUUUUAUUGUUCAAAACUGCUGUUUUUAAGUCUCCGGAGAUGUCUACAGGCUCCACCCACUUUCUGUUAAUCAAUCAAACCCUCAUUUUUACCGUGUGUCUCCAUUUUUAAAUUAAACAUAUGCGUGUUUUAUUUAUUUUUUCUGAAAGUUUAUGAAAAGUUUGAAAAGUUUUUUACGUUGCUUUGUAUGUUUAUGUUUAAUUUUAUUUUUGGGAGUGUUUCCUGACGUGGAAAGAAAGAAAGAAAAAAAAAACAAAAACAGAAAUGUAGCGUGUCCAAGUUUACAAAUGUUUCAGGGAUGGUUUGAAUUUUUACCGAGAUUCCGCAGAAUUUGUUGUACCCACGCUUUAUCAUUUCAAGCAUGCUUAAACAUGAAUCAUCGUAACGGUUUAUUUGUUUUGCCUCCCCAAUACCCCCUUUUUGAGUCACAAAAUAUGAAUGUACAUCUUGUACAAGUAAACUAUCAAUAAAGUUAUAAAUAUUUGUA